AUGGCUAGGAUAACGAGGAAGAAGAGAGAAAGAAGUCAUCUUCCAAGAGAAGGAUGGUCAGAGUGGAAGAGGGCCCUUGUACCCAAAGAUAAUAAAAGAAACGCAAUCAUAAAGCGCGGGCGAAAUCACAAGGGCUUCAUACUAGAAAACUUUGUGAAGGGAAAAAAUUCACGUGAAAUGGACAAAAAUUGUGGCAUCUAUGAGUGGAGAGCUAUAGGAACUAAGCCUAAUCAGCCAAACCAUGUAGUUUAUGUUGGAAGUACGUGCCCCAAAGGAAGCCGUUAUGGCGCAAAAUUGGGAAGCAGAAUCCGCGAAUACUGCAGUAAUGGUAAUCAUAUAGCAGAGCCGAUGAAUAAGGCGUUGGGACGAGGUUAUGAAUUACAGGUGCGUUGUAAAAAGGCUAAGAAUCAGGAGGAUGCGAGAAAGCAGGAGGCGAAAUUGUUGAAGAAAUACGAUUAUGCGUGGAAUAAGAGAGGUAACGGCGGGCGUUCGAGAAGCGUACUGCCGAAGUGACUGUCGAGAUUCGUAAUCGCGGCUAAGCAGCAUCUAUGGACUUAGAAGGAACUUAAUUAGACGACUCUUGUAAGUACAAAUGACUAGCUAACUGCAUUUUGAUACUGCUCUUAAGGCAGUAUACACACCUGUAAGUUAGUUGCGGAUCUGAUAUCAAUUUGAUGACCGUUUAUGCGCAUUGCUUCAUUUCAGUAAUUGUCAGUAUUAUUAAUUUUCUUUGUAUUAUCAGUUGUAGCUGAGGUAUUAUCAAAGUUGCCUGAGUCUUAAUCUAUCUUUUAAAUGUAGGGAACUGAAUCUAUACAGUUUACGUAUAAUGGAGCCCCAGCAGACACCAGUAUACUUUGUAUGCCUUUUGACUCAAAAAUUUUCAGUUUCACUGGCGACAAUUGCCGCCAUUUUCGUGAAAAAUAAUCAACAUAAUUAUACAGAUUGAGAAGGCUGUUAAUUGGUCUUAAUUGCCUAAACCGAAAGCUGUUUCCAAGAUCAUAACAUCCUCACCUGCACGUAGUAUUUCUUUUAAACAAUCGCUCAAUGAUCCGCGGUGCUUCCAGGAUAUUUUGAACGGAUGUUUUUUCUAGGAGAUAUAUACCCUUCAAAAACGUACUUUAUAUCUAUCUAGUACAGUGGUAUUGUUAUCUAUUCUUGUUAACUGCCACUUACAGUCUUAAUCUACUCCUUCACUUAUCUUGUUCGAUUAUAUUAGUGCAAAAGGAGAUGAUGGAAGUUCUUUUGUAUCUGCUUAGUAUUUGCUAAUAUGCUUGCACUUUUGUGAGUAAAUACCUGUGUCACGUAGAAGCCAUUGUACACUAGAGGUCACUAGAAGACUAUAAAUAAAAGUUUUAUACCUGUGCUGAAUACUUCGAUUCUAUGCAAUCUCAAGCCUCAGACAGAAUGGUUUAUCUCAUUAACAAAAACUGUACAAGACUGGAAUAGUUGCAUAUUAACCCCAUUGCUCUUUUGAAGGACGCCUCAGAGAUUUUCGAACCAAUUUCACAAGACAGCACCAACAAGCCCACCAAAUUUAUUUAGUACUAUUUUGCCCUGGCAGAGUUGUUCUUUUCGGAGCAUCUGUGUCAGCUAUAUGCACUUUGAAUGAAGUUCUUUUCACUUUUGGUGUGCCUUUUAAUUCUAAUAGACUUUACUUAACUUUAAUUUUAAUUUAUUUGGAUUAAUGGCAUGAAUACAUAUUUAAUGUUAAAAUAUGUGGUUUAUUAUUAAUUUAGCAUACAUUUGAACGAACAACUGUGCUAAAAUUACCCACAUCAACAUGCCUCAGAAAGCAAUAAUUGGCUCAGUUACUAGCCGUUUGAAAACAAUGGCAGGUUAUUUCCACGAAAUACCGGAAGAACAUCAGUUGCCUUUCUCAGAAUUAACAGAAUCCUUUAACUCUCUUGAAGAAUACAUGUCAAGUGAUUAUUCUCAAGAUGAGCAGCUGUUUUAUUGUUUCGCUCUGUGUGAGCCCAGUUUUUUGAUACACGAGUGCUCAUAGAACUCUUCAGGCGGAGUUGACAAUUAGGGCCAAUCUAGCCUGCAAACAAGCUCUCCUAUUUGGGCGAGCAAAGCGAGUCUCGCGAGAACGCGCGACCUCGGCCCCUAGCUCGCGUGUUCUCGCGAGGCUCGCCCAAAUAGGAGAGCUUGCUCGCAGCCUAGGGCCAGUCUAGUGCUAGAAACCAUGGAAAAUAAUAUGAUCCGUUUACAGUUAACCAAUAAUACGAUUACGUAACCGGAGAUUGCAUUUUAGCCAGUCGCUCGUUAUUUCGUUAGUUAUGACGCAGCUUCGUGAAUCGCGAACCGCAUGUGCCAAACCAUCAAGGUUUAGUCGCUUGCCACACAUUAAAAGUUCAAGCGGUGCGUCGUAAAAGAGAGCGCAACCGUUCGUUUUCAUUUUUUUCGUACAGCAGAAAGAUCAUUUGGGUUGCUGUUGUAAUCGAAGCUACAGUACAAACGCGUUUUGGCUAUUAUCUGCAACCGUCCUUGAUUGACUUGAUUUCUCAGACACUUUGUCCCCAAUAGGCUCCUUCAAUCCUGUCACCCCCAACCCAACUUCGCUCAAUUCGCCGUAAAUUUUGAGGUGUCGCAUAAUUACUUUCAGACGUUUUCGUAGACGUCGCCGUCUUUGAAUAGGGAGCUUAAGCAACAACGACAGCGACGGCUACGAAAACGUCUCUUAAAAAGUGAAUUCGCGCUGCCCCAAAAUUUAUCGCGCCUAUCUAUCUUGUUUAAUUCGUCAAAUUCGGGAAAUUUUUUUGGAGUUGAAUUCUAAAGGACUGUAUCAAAGUUCAAGAAAAGAAAAAGAAAGUUGUUUGCUUGUGUUCCCGUGCUCGACAAAACAUAUCCAGUAAGUUGCGGCGUUUUAUAUAAAUUUCCUUCUGCAAAUCGCAUAUGUAAAUUAAUGUUCUGUUUCCACCAAUGACAUUGCAGUCAUAAGUCAUUAAAUCUCUGAGCCUAAAUACUGGCUGCUCCCGCUAUACGCGCGCAGACUAUUGUCUUUGGAGUAGGUCUUUGGCGAAAUAUUACAAGUUAUUUAAACGCUUCAUUCGAACGAAGCCAGUUUCUCACUAACCUCCCUCGCAGCCCUUUACUCACGCAGACGGUAUGUUUCAGCGGCCGUUUAGGGAACAUAAUGUUCUGGUACGGUUUCAAGGCCAGGAUCCGUGUUCACAAUGGAGGAGAGCAGUGGCACCUAUACAAAUAUAGUGGAUAUACUGAGAAUCGCGGAUCAAGCCAACCAGGUUACAUGUGGUCAAACAUCAGAAAUGUGUCAGACGAAGAGGACGGAUUCUGUGGAAUCUAUGAGUUUCGGGUUAGAGGAACCCUGCUCGGCCAGUUGCAGAGUCAACAGUAGUUUAUGUAGUCUGCUACACAGCCGUUUUUAGAGUCGUCACGCAACACUCCUCCCCACUCCUCCUCCUCCUCCUCCGCGUUGCGUGACGACACUAAAAACGGCUGUGUAGCAGACUAUAGUUUAUGUUGUUAACACUUGUCCGCGUGGCGCAGAUGGCGGAGUAUGCCGCAGAUUUAACUCAUCAACUACUGCAGACACGGAAACCAUAAAGCAUUUCAAAUAAAUGACGCAUUAAGCAGAGGAUAUGAACAGUGGGUCCGGUAUAAGCAAGCUGGGAGUGCAGAGGAAGCUCAAGCCUGGGAAAAUGUGCUGCUCGCCGCGUAUGAUUACGCUUGGAAUGCUAGAAAUAACGGCAAGGUUAAGGGCGUCCUGACACUGCCUGAUUGACUCUGAAGCGGUAAACGGAGACAUCCAAUUAUCCCGGCAGGGACUUAUAAUUCGCCAUUGAACAGAAAAGUUUUUAUUUUUGUGCAAACCAGUAGUACAGGAAAAUUUGUUUAGCUUAACUUGCGUAUAGACUGAGCACGAUAACAGUCACCUUUUAAUUUGAGUACUUUUAACUGCAGCCACUAAUCGUCAUUAGCGCUAGUAUUUUAAAAAUCGUGUCCGAUUACAGUCAAUCAAACAGAGAUGACAACACAAGUUCCAAUACUUGCUAAGAGGACUAUUAAAAUGUUUAGAUAUAUACAGUAUAUGUAAGUGAUCGCAUGAUGGACUCCAACUUUUUAAAACUAUUUUUGUCAGUUUUCAAUCGACGAGAAAGUUUACUGAUCGUGUCUUAGGAUUCUACUCGUUUUUAUUUUAAGUUGAUGUCUUCUACUAAACUUUGCAGAUAUCGCAUUUACGAAAGUUUUUAGCUCAAAUCUACCGUUGAAUUGCAAUAGAAUUUUCUAAAAAAUACCGGAAGAACGUCAUUUGCCGUUCCUAUGCAGAAUUGAAAAUAUCUUUGUCACUCACUCCUCAAUGAUUCAUUGUUCGUGACAAUUGAUUACUUUGAAGAAAACCCCUUUGUCCUCCAUGACUCGAGCAAAACGGGAUCAUGAAUAAGCUACUGACUAAUUAUUUUUGGAAUAAAAGGGAUAAUAUGGUGGCUAUGAGAGAAAUAUUCCAUCAUUACGACGUUGAGGCCAAGACUCUAAUUGACACUAAGGAUCUAAAAACUGAAGUAGCCAACAAAUGAUAUAUCAGGGGCACCCAACGAGAAUAUAGUUCAAAACCACCUAAACAUAGCAUUGUUAAACGUAUUUUAGUAUUUAAACGGUAGAUAUAGGCAUAUUUUUAUCCACUAAAAAUUUUUCAUCUGUUCGGAUUUCCUAGCUGAAAGUCUAGUGAUCCGAAAAUUAUAGGGAUCAAAACUUACCUUUUCGAAAAUUUCAGCCAGAAGAAAGGCUCCCGAAAAUUCUAGGUGACCUUUUUAGGGUAAAAAUCCGUUAAAAAUAGGCAGUUAGACCAUUUUUUAGAUGUUCGAAAAUCCUAGGAGUGGCAGGCAAGCAAGAAAGUUUACAACAAAUGUUCCGAAAAUUCUAGAUCUCAAAUCGUCUUCCGAACAGAUAUUUUCCGAAAAUUGUCGUUGAGUGCCCCUGAUAUAUAAAUUGCUAUGACGUUUUAUAUCAUAUUUUUACGUUUAAAUUCUGUUAGACCAGCUCUGGUUUCAAAGCUGUGUCAACUCUAUUAAACAAGCCGGAAAAAAGUAAGGAUGGCGAAGCUAAGCGCCCUGCGAAACGUCGCUGUAAUUUAUAGAGUGGAAGCAGAAAUUUCGAAUACGCGCGGGCGCACGAGAGGAGAAAAUAAGAGAAAAUAAGUUUCCGCCACCUCUCCCCUGCAUACCAAACAGCACAUUCUUCUCAAGUUCAAUGAUUAUACGGGGUUAGGAAAAUGAGUGAAAUGAAUCCCAUUUAGGAAUUAGGAUCCUUAUACAAACAUUGUGAAACUUGGUCCAGUUGUUCGAAGGCCGAUUAGCGCUAACCCAGGGUUAAAUUUUAACCCGGGUGUUUCUUUUGUUCAAAAGCAUUUUGCGAAUAAUUUUCUCUCUUCUAGCUUUUUAGAGCAUCUAAUCAUCACGUUGUAGGGAAAAGAACAAAACUAAAUUUCUUUUUAAGCUUUCAUAUCUGAAAUCAAAUUUCGCUCUAACCCUGGGUUAACUUAACCCUGAUUUGAACUACCAGGCCCAGACUCCUUUAUACUAGCGUUUAGCGUUGUGCAAAUACUUCUGACGUAUCGAAGACUAAGCGUUGAUCAAAAUCAAAUAAAAAAACCAGUAAUGCUAGCACGGACAAAGACUUCAGCUUCAGCUCUCGGGUCUUAGCAAACAAUUUCUGCUUUCAAGGUCUUUGGAAGUGGACAAACGUUCUAGUAGCCUCGAUUACCAGCCGCUGUUCGGGAAAUGAGCCCGCGCUCCUCCCCAAGAGAGCGACUAAUGUUUUAGCAGAAAGCCGAACAGGCGUAAAGCAUAAAGAAUUUUGAGGCAAAUGAAGCAAAAUAAAUUUAUUCUGCUACAGAUUUUAGUACUGUUUGCCGUUCAAAAACUUUCACGGUUCCUCGGGUGUCGUGUAACGAAAGAUGGAUCCGUGCAAGUUUUUGUCUGUUUGUUGGAUCAGCCCAAAUAACCGAGGCUCCUGUUAUCGCAGACUGUUGUCCUUGCAGUAGUUCUUCGGUGAAACAUUACUUACCGCCUUCAUUCCGACGAAGCCAGUUUCUCGAUCACUAACCUAACCGGCACCAAUUGGUCGAUAAUUUACGACUUUUCGAAAAAAAGUCACGUGACAUAUCAUGUGAUGUUUUAAAGGGCGAUAACUUUUUUUAUGUUUGCCAAAUUUUGAUUCAGCCCCAUCAUCUAUGUCGAAGUUAUAGCCGAAUAAAUCAUUUUCUACCGGUAAACUUACUAACUUCAGAAGUCAAGUCAUGUGUAUCGAUGUGACAUUGACGCAGCCGUCUUCUUUUGACUAAGCUGACGGUUGUUUGAAGCAAAUGAGGUGCACCUCGCGAUCGAAAAAAAAAAAGGCUAACAUGUAAGCCAAGAUAAGGAUGAACCGACUUAUUUCAGAAGUCAAGUCCUAGGUAUAAGGGGAAAAAGGGCUUGUGAAAAUCAACUAAUGCCUUCGAUUAUGAUUUAUGCCAACCUACCAGUUAUUUUGAGUUAUUUCAGAAGAGAGGAAGAAGAAUAUAUUAGAAUGAUUCUAGACCAGUUUAGAUUAAAAAAGUAGGGCCAUUCGAUUCGAAGGACGACUGAAUGUUUUGAUAUGUACCUAAUUUUUACAGUAUGGUGGAUUUAUCACUGAUUUAUGUUGCGGCCCCAUUUGUUUGCGUUUUUAUAUUGUUUAUUUUGUUCGGUUAACUUUCUGUUUCUGUCUUUGACUGUAGUAAAUGACAUGUUCAUUUGUUCAUUUGUUUAGCUGUCGCUCAGCCUCUCAAAGAGACCAAGUAUUUACACUGACAGUACAAUAGAACAGAUGAAUAGCUUUAAUUACUUAUAUUCUGCAGCCCUGAGCGAGGGUAAUCGAAUCCACGAGGCGCGAAGCGUGGAGAAGCAGUCAUUGGAAUUCAAGGGUUCACUGUCGUUAAUCUACUACGGUUAAAGAUUAGUUGAUUGAAUAUGGAUUAAGUUUUGAAAGGUGGAGGUGCUGUUUUGAAGUGUUCUGUUGAGACGGUGUUGUGUUGUUAUACUGUUCAGUGCUUUACGGAUCCGCCCAAACCAUCCGGGUGGUAUCGCAAAUAUAUAGAGAAAGAAGAAUAGGGGAGGUAUCAGCCAAUGAGGAAGGACUGACGUCAUCAAAUCUGAUGAAACUAAUUGGAUAGUGCCUUUUGUUUCUGUGAUACUCGAUUUAUUUAGUAGUAACUUGCAAUUGAAUGAGAUGAAAUGGGGGACAAUGAAAUUUUAAGAAAUAUAGAAUGUGUUUCUUGCUGGCCGGCCGCUUAAACAAUUUAAGAUGUUCUUGCACGUGAAAAGAUACAGUCUUGAUUCUGAUAAAGCCUCUUUCCUGAUAAAGGAUCGGUACGGUCGAGAAUAAAAAAGAUCAAUUAACGAUCGCAUCGAUUACUGAACUGCAAAACAACUGUUCAACGAACCGGAGCUUUCCAGUAUCAUUAUUGGUGCGGUUGCCGACUAUAGUUUAGAUUGCUACUUUGUUCGGCGAUAUGCCGAUCAGCGCCACCUGAAUGAAUUCAAACCAUUGCGCGUAUCCAGGUUCAUAUCCUGUAGGGAUAUUAACGAAUGUGUAAAUAGUCCGGACAACAACAAUCAAGUUAUUUAACUUAGCAUAAUUUAGUUAUACGGGCUGGAAAUGACAAAAAUCGUGCUGUGUUUGACUAAAAACCAAUAGAUUUUAGUCCCUUUGAUCGUAAACUGCGCAACAAAUCGGUGAGAGAAAGAUUUUAAAAGUUUUACUAAAUCCUACCGGUUCACGUAAUCGACAAGAUGUUGAUUCGUUGCUUCUGUUUAUGUUCGUUGAUAUUGUUUCAAAAAUUCUAAAAAACAAGCACAAUUCCCACAAGUUAUAGUGCCCUUCUUUUGUUACAACAAACAAUAACUAUGCAAAUCAGCACUGAAACAACGUAACCUGACGACCGGGUUGUUUGCGAAGCUGAGUUUAAGAUCUAACCCAGGGUUAGUGCGAAAUUUGAACUCAGAUAUGGUACCGUUAAAUUCCGAAAAUAAGCCCCGGGGCUUAUAUUUUUCAAAUGCCCUUUUUAUCGCCGAGGGGCUUAAAUUCGGAAGGGCUUAUCUACGGAGGGAAAUUUGCGUUUCAAAAUUAGUCGAUUGGGCUAGCCUUAUAGUUGGAAAGAAAUUUACCGUUUUUGCUUUGUUUUACUUUGUAUUUGAGGACAAUUUCCACUGAAAAUACUUUUUAGGCUAUCCAGCAUACUUUUAUUUCUCUAAAAAUGAAUUACAAGCGGCGCUAUAAAAUUUGUAUCUGGUCGGUCAUCCUAGGGGGAACUUGAGUCUUUUCAUAAUUACAAGGGCUUCAGUAUUAUUUUUCCGAAAAGUUUAGAUGCAGUUUAACGAAUGAUUACGAACUCAAAGUAAUAAUUUGAUUCUGAUUCCUCUCUUCAUGACAUUUUAGAAUCCGAAACUUUAAGGUUUUCUUUUUUUCAAAGGAAAAAAGCCAAACCUGGGGAGUAAAUAUCAAAAAUUAACCUUAGGAAAAACGUGACGAAUUUAUUAAAUCAUUCGAAAUUUGUACAUGAAUGGAGCGGUCGUCAAGAAAUUUUUAGCCGUCCUUAAGUAAUAGCAAGUCCUAGGCAAUAUUUGCUUCUACCAACAGAUAUUUUACAGAAAACAGUAGGUUGGGUGCCCCUGUUAAGGUCGUGGUGGUCGCAGUAUGGAAGAGGACAUUGGUGCCUAAUAGAAGAAGCGUGCAGUUAUACUAAAAACUCUUCUCGGCCAAUGCAGAGUGCAGUGGUUUACGUUGGAAGCACUUGCCCGCGAAACGCAGAUGAUGAGGUAUGCCUCAUAUCGAAAAGUAGAAUCAUCAGCUAUUGCAAAUAACGGAAACCGUAAAGCAGUUCUAAUAAAUGGCGCAUUGAGGAGAUAACAUGAACUGUGGGUCCGUUAUAAGUCAGUUGGGAAUGGCGCGGCACAGGCUCAUCAGUAGGAGAAUGAGCUGCUGACCGUGUACGAUUACCCUUGGAAUGUAUUUCCAUAGAGACACAAGAGAAGUAACUGGAGACAUUGAAUGAAUGGCUCAUGGAUGAACUUCUUUACUACAUAGAACAAAACUUGUUCGUGCCAAUCAGAAGACCGUAGAAAAUGUUUUGCUGAGGUUACGUGGCUAGAGAUCUGACGUAGUUAGAGAACUGAUUAGAAGUUUCUGAGCUUUGCUGCGUGACUGUUUUUAAUACAAAUAAACAGUCCAGUGAAUGUUGAUUGCCCUUUUGUGCUUUUCCACUCACACCUUUAACGCUUUAAGCCCUAAGAGUGAUCAGCGUCUAAUUUCUCCACGUAAUAUCACUGCUUUAUAAAAGAGAGUGGUCAUGAGAACUAAGGAUAUGAUCACACAAGAUGAAUCCAAUUGAUACUUUAACAAAUUCCCCCACUCUUUCUAUUGAAAACGCAUAGGGAUAACAAAUGAGAAUUUGAAUUUUGAUGGUAGGGUUCAAAGGCUUAAGCUCUCACAAGUUCAACCCCCAGCUGCUUCUACUGCUUUUCACAACACAUUUUGUAAGUAACGUGCGAAGAGUCCGAUACAAAGCGGCAUAAAAAAUAAUGUUUAAUCAAUGAGCCGGAAACUGUAACUUUAAAAAAACUCUACUUUCGCCGGUUUUAAAAUCGACGAGAAAGUCUAAUAUCAUUGUAUUCAAGGAAUCCGCGUUUUUGCGGGCGACAAGAGGAGGUGGGAGACCUCAGGUAGGAGAGGUAACCCGCCUGUCCAUAUAAUUUCUCAUUUUAAUGCGAUUACGGUUACAUGAUAGGUGGGGUGACCCGCCGCAUGUUACCACAUCUAUCUGGGGUCCCCCACCUCCAUGUAAACAGGCCCUUAGUCACUUGCCACACGUUGAAAGUUCGAGGAGAGCAUCUUGAAAGAGAGCCCAACACAGAACAUUUACAUUUUUGGCCAUUAAAAGCGAACCGUUCUUGAUAUCUGGGCUACUUUGUCUGGGGUUUUUGAUACUGGGAUGAAACUUUGAAUUAUAAUCAGCUUUAACAAGUUCGGUGAACAAACAGAGAACAACCUAAUUAAAAUAUCGCUCGUAUCUGACCCUCAUGAUUUGAACCGCUUCUGAAUCUUUUAAGACCUUUUAAGUCACAUUUAUUCACCCCCAAAGACUCUGCUGCAUACAAUUUCUUCUGGAGCUGUUCAACUAGCAGCAAAUUAUUAUUUAAAAAAAACCGAAUCCAUAUUACUUGAAAACAUUUAUUGUCGUUCAUAAUUCAUUCAACACAAUAUUUAUUCCCAAGCGAGUAAAAAAUCCUCCUUCAGAAAAUAAUGUUUAUCAAUGAGACCUGCUCAUGUAGAGGUAAUAUAUAGACCCCAUUCACGAUACCAGCGAUCUUUGCACGCGCAGAAGGACUGGUGGGAUAAAUGUAAUGUCACGUGGUUUCUCAGGGCGCAAACAAGCGAUAAAAUCUGCCAAUACAAGAAAUCGCACUUGCAUUUGUUUAUUUUAGACAACAAAAAACGAAGAACGUUUUAUCAUAAAGACAACAAUGGCAAAUUAGGGGUGGACGUGAUCGUUGUUAUAUUUUUUAUUGCAGUAGGGACGGUAGAUGUCCUCGCAGCAAGCAAUAAUUACGUGAAACUAGUCGAAACUUGAGCAUUGUAUAUUUUGCAAAAGUAAAAUUGCCUUAUCGUUUUUAGAGGAUAAACAAACUCGACUGCGAUUACUCGUAUUGAGACAUUUUAUCACUUGUUUGCCCCCUGAAAUACCGCGUGACAUUUCUUUUACCCCAUCAAUCCUAGAGCGCGUGCAAAGAUGGCGGGUAUCGUGAAUAAGGUCUAUUACUUCUUGCUAUUGACCAGCAUUUAUUUAUUUUCCAUAUUAAUGGCUCUUGUCUAUCUUUUAUAUUUCAUUCAUCUAUUUAUCCCUCUCCCCAGUUAUACAUCCACCGUUCCUUCGUUCCUUUAUUCAUUCAUUCCACUCUUGAAUUUGAAUCAAUGAUCAGUCUUCAUCAGUCUCUUUAUGGUCAAGUAUUCAAAGCUCAUUGCAGUUUUUACUAAUCACCACAUAAGGUUAAGGGUACCAACUUUUUUUUUAAGAGUUGUUUCUUGUAUCUGCGUCUGAUUCUUUGGCAAACUGUGAUUAUCGCUUGAGAGCUUGCCAGGCAUGUGAUCAGAAGGUGAGUGGUAGACAAUCUCAUUAAUAAAACUCCUAAAUGAUGAAAUAUUGUUCGAAGUUUUAUGUUCUUAAGGAGACCGUGGUCUCUAACUCGUUUAACUGUUCACGAUAUCCUCUCACUGACCAGCCCUGAUAACAUCGACGCCGCUUUCUCAGCACGAGUAAAAAUACGAUGCCGAUGACAGCCAUCACAGGAAUAACCGUACACACGGAAGUGACGACAACUGGCGUGGACGCCCUGGCGUGCAAAGGCAUGUUGGGACUGGGAGGAACCGAAUUGGGAAAAUUCCCGGAUGACUGGGACGAAGGUGAGUCUGGUGAAGAAGGUCUGGAGGAAGACGAAGAGGUUGAGGGUUUUGAAGAGUGGAGAGUUGACUCUUCUGAAUUCGAUUGAACCUGAAUUUAUACCAAUGCGUAACAAGUCACUAAGGCCACGAAAACUUCCACUGAUGAUUUGCACCGCGAUGUUCCAGUCACAUUCUUGUAUUUUUAGGAAGUUCUGAAGAGCCUUAAUAUUAAGCCUGGCAUUGACUAGUAAAAUCGUUCUGUUCAGUUUGCAUUUAAGGUCAAUGUAAGGAACUCAUUGCUAGUAUGUAAUUUCGAAUUUAAAACUAAAGGGCUAUUUCUUAGAAAAACCGCAAGUUCUCACAAUACUACAGUUUAAGUUAAGAAACCUCAAACAUUUUGAUUGGCUAAUUACGUGUAAACUAAUUUUUCACGUGGCAUGGAAAGCCAAUAGCAAGUUGUGGCGUGGUAUAUGAAUCUCCCGCUGCAAAUCACAUACGUAAGUUAAUGUUCUGUUUCAACCCAUAACAUUGCAGUAAUAAGUCAUUGGAUCAGCCUAACAUUCGCUGCUCCUGCUAAACACAGACCACUGUCCUUGCAGAAGUACUUUGGCGAACAAUUGUAUAACGCUUCAUUUCAACGAAGCUAGUCUUUGCAGCCCUUUACUCACGCAGACGGUAUGUUUCAACUAAAGCCAUUUAGAGAAAAUAAUGAUCUCGUACGGCUUCAAGGCCAAGGUUCGUGGUCACAAUGGAGGAGAGCAAUGGUGCCUACGAGUAGUGGAUAUACUGAGAAUCGCGGACCAGGCCAAGUAGGCUACAUGUGGUCAAACAUCAGAAAUGAGUUAAACGGAGUGGCAGGAUUCUGUGGAAUCUAUGAGUUUCAGGUUAGAGGAGGAACCCAGAGUGCAGUAGUUUACGUUGGAAGCACUUGCCCACGCCAAGCAGAUGGCGGACAAUGCCGUAGAUUGAAAAACAGGAUCAUCAACUACUGCAGACACGGAAACCAUAAAGCAGAUCUAAUAAACUACGCACUGAGCAGUGGAUAUGAGCUGUGGGUCCGUUAUAAGCAGGCUGGGAGUGCAGAGGAAGCUCAAGCCUGGGAAAAUACGCUGCUCGCCGCGUAUGAUUACGCUUGGAACGUUAGAAAUAACGGCAACAUAAGGGUCGUCCCAUAGUGACACUGCCUGAUCGGCAAUGAAGCGGUAAACGGAGACAUCCAAUGAUCCCAUGGACUUAAUUCGCCAUUGAACAGAAAAGUGCUUAUUUUUGUGCCAAACCAGUAGUACAUGAAAAUUUUUAUAGCUUAACUUACGUAUAGACUGAGCACGAUAACAGUCAUCAUUUAAUCUGAGUACUUUUAACUGCAGCCACUAAUCGUCAGCGCUACACCCUUUAAAAAAUCGUGUCCGAUUACAGUCAAUCAAAAAGAGAUGACGACACAAGUUGCAACAGACCCAAUACUUGCUUACAUCCUUACAGUUAGUAAAUACUUAUGUCAUGUAGACGCAGAAAUGCAGAAGAUGAUUAUUAAAAUGUUUAAAUUUAUACAGUAAAGUGAUGGAUUCCAACUUUUAAUUUUUAAAACUACUUUUGCCCGUUUUUAAUCGACGAAAAAGUUUAAUAUCGUGUCUUAGGAUUCUACUCGUUUUGGUUUUAAGUUGAUGUCUUCAACUAAACUUUGCAGACAUCGCAUUUACGACAUUUUUUAGCUCAAAUCUACCGUUUAACUAAGUGCAGCGAAUAAUUCUAAGAAAUACCGGAAGAACGUCAUUUGCCUUUCCCAGAAUUAAAAAUCUCUUUGUCACUCACCCCUCAAUGAUUCAGUGUUCAACAAUAGAUUACUUUGGAGAAAACCCCUUUGUCCUCCUUGACUCGAGCAAAACGGGAUUAGGAAUAAGCUACUGAAUAAUUAUGUUUGGAAUAAAAGGGAUAAUAUGGUGGCUAUAAGAGAAAUAUGAUCAUUACAACGUUGAGGCCAAGACUCUAAUUGACACUAAGGAUCUAAGCUGAGGUAGCCAACAAAUGAUAUAUAAACUACUACAACGUGUUAUAUUACAUUUUUACGUUUAACUUCUUUUAAACCAGCUCUGGCUUUAAAGCUGUGUCAAUUAAAUCUAUUAAACAAGCCAGAAAAAAGUAAGGACGGCGAAGCUAAGUGUCCUCCGAAACCUUGCUGCAAUUUAUAGGACGGAAGAAGAAAUUUCGAAGAUGCGUUCGCGCGCACGAGAGGAGAAAAGGAGAGACCUCCUCUCCCCUUCAAGUCCCCUUCCCGCCCUCUAUAAAAACGAAACAAUAAAACUAACCAAAGCCUUCCACGCAGGAUAGGGUCUUCAAUAGACGCAUAUAACAGAUUGCAAUUGAUUUGAAACCUUUAAGUUCAAAUGGGGCAUGAUGUAUUAAAUAAAAAUGUAAGGACUCUGUUCCGUGGUUUAGACCACAACGUAUUAAUAGGAUCAAACUGAGGCGCCAAAAAUCUCAGGUUCUUUCUAGAAAAAUGAUUCAUUUAGGUGGGAUUAUUUCUUAGAAAAACCGCAAGAAUCCAUAAUUGUUAUGUAAAUGACAAUGCAAUCUCUGAUUGGUUAAUGUGUAAACCCCACUGACUCACUGUCACAAGACUUACUUUAUUGCAUAAAGGUAUCAUCGAAGGGACGACAAGUUGACAUGAGUUUUGGCUUAGCUUGGCUCGACAAAUACAGAAGAGAUCAUAUUUAACAGACUGACAGAGCUUCAAGAGAUUCUACACUCAGAAUGGCUCAAGCUCAAAGAAGGGUAAGAGAAAACAGUAAUCUUCAGUUUCCACAAAGCCAAAAUUGGUCGGCAUGGAAGACAGCCAUGGUUCCGCUGUACGAUCGAAUAAACACUGUAAACCGCCACCAGAACCAAGUAGGAUUCAUCUGGAAAUAUAUACUGCACGACGGCAAUUUACCGGAACUCUGUGGAAUUUAUGAAUGGCGAGCUAUUCGACGGGACCAGCCAAAUCGAGUCGUCUACGUUGGAAGCACGUGCACACGUUGUGGCAACAGUUAUGAACCACUGCAAAGCAGAAUCCUUGGGUAUUGCAGUCAUGGUAAUCAUAAAGAAGCUAUGAUAAAUGACGCAUUAACAAAAGGAUAUACGCUGGAGGUCCGUUACAAGCAGGCUUGGAAUGAACUGCAAGCUAGAAACCUGGAGAAUGAGCUACUUGACAUGUUUGAUUAUGCUUGGAAUGAGAGGCGCAAUGGCGGGAAACUUGGUAUAAGACUAUUGCCAAUCUGAUACGUGGUCAUAUAAUGUACGAAGAUAUAAGAGGCUAACUAAAGGCUGUCAGGAAGUAACUCUAAAGGAACUUUCCUGCGCCUGUUUUUUUUUUUCCUUUCCUUUUUUAGAGGACAGUAGAAAGAUAAUACGAUAAGAAUGGCUUCAGUGUAUGUUUGUGAAUAUUUUAUGUGUAUUAGCAGCGGAGUUUUAAUCACCGAAUAUAUAUGGUUAGGAAUUAUCUUUGAACAUGUCAAAUUUAGAGUGAAUAGAUUCACCAAAUUCUGUUCCUCGUGUAAUCGACAUUUUAUUUCUGAGCGAAUGCACACGAGUAAACUUAGGAGGAACAUUAACGUAUUCGUUAAUACAUGUGUUAGCCGAUAAUUAAGUGGAUUGUGAGAUUCUGUAACCUACAAAAAGUGUUGUUAGGUGAGUAGGCAGCCUACGGCAAAGCCCAAUCAAAAAAAGAGCGCCGCAGGGUGCAGAGAUAAGACAAUAGAAGACGGAUCAAAUUACCUUUCCCGUCUCCCCUCCCUUGCGUCAGUAUAGGACACCAAACAGCACAUUUUUCUCAAGUUCAAUGAUUAUAGGGUUAGGAAAAUAAGUGAAUUGAAUCCCAUUUAGGAAUUAGGAUCCUUAUACAAGCAAUGUGAAACUUCAGAGUCCUUUAUACUAGCAUUCGGCGUUGUGCAAAUACUCUUGACGUAUCAAAAGACUUGUAGGUGUUCAAAUCAAACAAGACGCUAUGGGAGCUUAAGCUUCGGCGUCGGGGUUGUGAAUUAAUUGUGAAUGCGGAGGAAUAGUAAGAAAUGAUAUUUUUCCGGAUACCUUUCCAUACAAAUACCCUUACCUUUCUCAUUUUGUGUAACAGACGUCUUAACUUCUUCACCGGAAGUCUGCCACGUGCAUGACCGCGUGGCCCAAUUCGAUUUUAAUUUGAGCCAUAAAUAAAUGCGCACCACGAGAUCUCAGUUCCACUUCCUUUAUUUCCUCUACAACAACACUUUCCUUAUGUACAGUUAAAACUCCACACCUUCUCCAGCAACGUCACUUAAACUAACAUCAGUACACUCCCUUACAAAACUUGCUGAAAAUGCACAAUUUCCACACCGAGGAUAAUUCACGUACAGCAUUUCAACAUAAACUAGAAAUACGUAUCUCUCAAUAACCCAAGCGCCACUCAAGUUAAGCCUUGUAGGGCCGGGUUAGGAUCUGGAUAGUUAACCCACCGCUAAUAUCGUCGUGGAGGUCCCUACUUUGUUCUUUCCUUUCUUCUUCUUCCUUUUUGCGUAUUGUGUGGUUGUUGUGUUGGCAUUUCUGAAAGAGGAUAAACAUACCUAACUUUCUACGUUUGGAAUGAAUGUACACGAAGUUUAAAAUUAAAGUUUUAAAUGAUUCAAGAUUAAAUUUGGGCAAUAAUGUUUUCUUGAAGUGCAAUGGACGGUCAUUUCAAACGUGAAGUGUUACAAAUGCAACCGUGUAGGGGGGAGUCCUAUAUGAAACCACAAACAUUUUGAUUGGACACUAUGAUUGCGUGUAAACUUAUUUUUCACGUGGCAUGCAUAGAUUAAACCAUUUGGAUGUUGUUAUAUGAAUUUCCCGCUUCAAACCAGGCGCCAGUUGUUCCGGAAAGGUGGAUAGUGCUAUCCACUGGAUAAAUAUCUAUUCACUGGACCUGAGCGCAAUUGGUUUCCCUGAUACUUAUACAAUGAAUAGAUCUAUCCAUCUUUUGAACAACCGGGGCAAGAUAUUUAAGUUUACUAACCUCCUUCGCAACCGUUAAUCACGCAGAAGGUAUGCCUCAAGAUUUACAUGAAUCAAGAUUAAAUUUGGGCAUUUAAAAUCAUGCUUUCUCUCAUAAUGUUUUCUUGAAGUGCAAUGGACAGUCAUUCCAAACGUGAAGUGUUAGAAGUAUUUAAUAUGAAUAAGAAAAAUGUUGUUUGCUCGAUUUCUUUCCUUAAACUGGCACCAAUUGGUCGAUAAUUAACGACUUUUCCAAAAAUAGUCACGACGUGAUGUUUUAAAGGGCGAUAACUUCUUUAUGUUUGCCAAAUUUUGAUUCAGCACCUUCAUCUAUGUCGAAGUUAUAGCCGAAUAAAUCAAUAAACUGACUAACUUCAAAAGUCAAGUCAUGUGUAUCGAUGUGACAUUGACGCAGCCGUCUUCUUUUGACUAAGUUGACGGUUGUUUGAAGUAAAUGAAGUGCGCAUGCGCCUCGCGAUCGAAAAAAAAGGUUAACAUGUAAGCCAAGAUAAGGAUGAAAUGACUUAUUUCAGAAGUCAAGUCCUGGGUAUAAGGGGGAAAAGGGCUUGUGAAAAUCAACUUAUGCCUUCGAUUCUGAUUGAUGCCCACCUAGCAGUUAUUUUGAGUUAUUUCAGAAGAGAGGAAGAAGAAUAUAUUAGAAUGAUUCUAGACCAAUUUAGAUUAAAAAAGUACGGCCAUUCGAUUCGAAGAACGACUGAAUGUUUUGAUAUGUACCUAAUUUUUACAGCAUGGUGGACUUAUCAGUGAUUUAUGUUGCGGCCCUAUUUGUUUGCGUUCUUACAUUAACUUUUCUGUUUCUGUCUUUGACUGUAGUAAAUGAAAUGUUCAUUUGUUCAUUUGUUUAGCUGUUCUCAGCUUCCCAAAGAGACCAAGUAUUUACACUGACAGUACAAUAGAACAGAUGAAUAGCUUUACUUAUAUUCUGAAGCCCUGAGCGAGGGUAAUCGAAUCCACGAGGCGCGAAGCGUGGAGAAGCAGUCAUUGGAAUUCAAGGGUUCACUGUCGUUAAUCUACUACGGUUAAAGAUUAGUUGAUUGAAUAUGGAUUAAGUUUUGAAAGGUGGAGGUGCUGUUUUGAAGUGUUCUGUUGAGACGGUGUUGUGUUGUUAUACUGUUCAGUGCUUUACGGAUCCGCCCAAACCAUCCGGGUGGUAUCGCAAAUAUAUAGAGAAAGAAGAAUAGGGGAGAUAUCAGCCAAUGAGGAAGGACUGACGUCAUCAAAUCUGAUGAAACUGAUUGGAUAGUGCCUUUUGUUUCUGUGAUACUCGAUUUAUUUAGUAGUAACUUGCAAUUGAAUGAGAUGAAAUGGGGGACAAUGAAAUUUUAAGAAAUAUAGAAUGUGUUUCUUGCUGGCCGGCCGCUUAAACAAUUUAAGAUGUUCUUGCACGUGAAAAGAUACAGUCUUGAUUCUGAUAAAGCCUCUUUCCUGAUAAAGGAUCGGUACGGUCAAGAAUAAAAGAGAUCAAUUAACGAUCGCAUCGAUUACUGAACUGCAAGACAACUGUUCAACGAACCGGAGCUUUCCAGUAUCAUUAUUGGUGCGGUUGCCGACUAUAGUUUAGAUUGCUACUUUGUUCGGCGAUAUGCCGAUCAGCGCCACCUGAAUGAAUUCAAACCAUUGCGCGUAUCCAGGUUCAUAUCCUGUAGGGAUAUUAACGAAUGUGUAAAUAGUCCGGACAACAACAAUCAAGUUAUUUAACUUAGCAUAAUUUAGUUAUACGGGCUGGAAAUGACAAAAAUCGUGCUGUGUUUGACUAAAAACCAAUAGAUUUUAGUCCCUUUGAUCGUAAACUGCGCAACAAAUCGGUGAGAGAAAGAUUUUAAAAGUUUUACUAAAUCCUACCGGUUCACGUAAUCGACAAGAUGUUGAUUCGUUGCUUCUGUUUAUGUUCGUUGAUAUUGUUUCAAAAAUUCUAAAAAACAAGCACAAUUCCCACAAGUUAUAGUGCCCUUCUUUUGUUACAACAAACAAUAACUAUGCAAAUCAGCACUGAAACAACGUAACCUGACGGCCGGGUUGUUUGCGAAGCUGGGGUUAAGAUCUAACUCAGGGUUAGUGCGAAUUUUGAACUCAGAUAUGAUACCGUUAACUCCGAAAAUAAGCCCCGGGGCUUAUAUUUUUCAAAUACCCUUUUUGAGGGGCUUAUAUUUGGAAGGGCGCACCUACGGAGGGAAAUUUGCGUUUCAAAAUCGAUUGGGCUAGCCUUAUAGUUGAAGGACAUUUACCGUUUUAGCUUUGUUUUACUUUGUAUUUGAGGGCAAUUUCCAUUGAAAACACUUUUUAGGUUAUCCAGCAUACUUUUAUUUCUCUAAAAAUGAAUUACGAAAAAAAAAACAAAAAUUUGAAUUACAAGCGAUGCUAUAAAAUUUGUACCUGUUCGGUCAUCCUAGGGUGAACUUGAGUCUUUUCAUAAUUACAAGGGCUUCAGUAUUAUUUUCCCGAAAAGUUUAGAUUCAGUUUAACGUAUUACGAACUCAAAGUAAUAAAUUGAUUCUGAUCCCUCUCUCCAUGAAAUUUUAGAACCCGAAACUUUUAGGUUUUCCUUUUUUCAACGAAAAAAAGCCAAACCUGGGAAGUAAAAUAUGAAAAAUUAAACUUAAGAAAAAUGUGAGGAAUUUAUUAAAUUAUUCGAAAUUUGUACAUGAAUGGAGCGGUCGUCAAGAAAUUUUUAGCCGUCCUUAAGUAAUAGGAAGUUCUAGGUAAUAUUUGCUUCUAGGAACAGAUAUUUUACAGAAAACAGUAGUUAGGUGCCCCUAUCAAGGUCCUUGGUGGUCGCAGUAUGGAAGAGGACAUUGGUGCCUACUAUAAGAAGCGUGCAGGUAUACUAAGAAUCAUGGACAAUGGGGUCAGAAAAAACUCUUCUCGGCCAGUUGCAGAGUGCAUUGGUUUACGUUGGAGGCACUUGCCCGCGAGACGCAGAUGAUGAGGUAUGCCUCAAAUCGAAAAAUCGAAUCAUCAACUAUUGCAAAUAACGGAAGCCGUAAAGGAGUUCUAAUAAAUGGCGCAUUGAGGAGACGACAUGAACUCCGUUAUAAACAUGUUAUAAGUCAGUUGGGAAUGGCGCGGCACAGGCUCAUCGGUAGGAGAAUGAGCUGCUGGCCAUGUACGAUUACCCUUGGAAUGUAUUCCCAUAGAGACACAAGAGAAGUAACUGGAGACAUUGAAUGAAUGGCUUAUGGAUUAACUUCUUUACUACAUAGAACAAAACUUGUUCGUGCCAAUCAGAAGACUAGAAAAUGUUUGCGGCUUAAGUUACGUAGCUAGAGAACUGAUUAGAAGUUUCUGAGCUUUGCUGCGUGACUGUUUUUAAUACAAAUAGACAGUUUAGUGAAUGUGGAUUGCCCCUUGGUGCUUUUCCACCCACACCUUUAAGCUCUCACAAGUACAACCCCCUGCUUUCACUGCAUUUCACAACACAUUUGUAAGUAAGGUGGUGCGAAGAGUCCGAUACAAAGCGGCAUAAAAAAUAAUGUUUACUCAAUAAGCCGGAAACGGUAACCUUGAAAAAACUCUACUUUCGCCGGUUUUAAAAUCGACGAGAAAGUCUAAUAUCAUUGUAUUCAAGGAAUCUGCGUUUUUGCGGGCGACAAGAGGAGAUGGGAGACCCCAGGUAGGAGAGGUAACCCGCCUGUCCAUAUAAUAUCUCAUUUUAAUUCGAUCACUGUUACAUGAUAGGUAGGGUGACCCCCCGCAUCUUACCUCACCUAUCUGGGGUCCCCCACCUCCAUGUAAACAUGCUCUUGGUCAUUUGCCACACGUUGAAAGUUCGAGGAGAGUAUCUUGAAAGAGAGCCCAACACAGAACGUUUAUAUUUUUGGCCAUUAAAAGCGAACCGUUCUUGAUAUCUGGGCUACUUUGUUUGGGGUUUUUGAUACCGGGAUGAAACUUUGAAUUAUAAUCAGCUUUAAUAAGUUCGGUGAACAAACAGAGAACAACGUAAUUAAAAUAUUGCUCGUAUCUGACCCUCAUGAUCUGAACCGCUUCUGAAUCUUUUAAGACCUUUUAACUCACAUUUAUUCACCUCCAAAGACUCGGCUCCAUACAAUUUCCGCUGAAGCAGUUCAACUAGCAGUAAAUUAUUUUAAAAAAAACCUAAUCCAUAUUACUUGAAAACAUUUAUUGUCGUUCAUAAUUCAUUCAACACAAUAUUUAUUCCCAAGCGAGUAAAAAACCCUCCUUCAGAAAAUAAUGUUUAUCAAUGAGACCUGCUCAUGUAGAGGUAAUAUAUAGACCUCAUUCACGAUACCAGCGAUCUUUGCACGCGCAUAAGGACUGGUGGGAUCAAUGUAAUGUCACGUUGUUUCUCAGGGGGCAAACAAGCUAUAAAAUCUGCCAAUACAAGAAAUCGCGGUUGUGUUUCUUUAUUUUUGACAACAGAAAACGAAGAACGUUUUAUCUUAAAUACAAUAAUGUCAAAUUAUAGAUGGACGUGAUCGUUGUUAUAUUUUUUAUUGCAGUAGGGACGGUAGAUGUCCUCACAGCAGGCAAUAAUGACGUGAAACUAGUGGAAACUUGAACUGUAUUUUUUGCAAAUGUAAAAUUGCCUUAUCGUUUUUAGAGGAUAAACAAACUCGACCGCGAUUGCUAGUAUUGAGACAUUUUAUCACUUGUUUGCCCCCUGAAAUACCGCGUGACAUUUCUUUUAUACCAUCAAUCCUAGAGCGCGUGCAAAGAUAGUGGGUAUCGUGAAUAAGGUCUAUUACUUCUUGCUAUUGACGACCAUUUAUUUAUUUUCCAUAUAGCUCUUGUCUAUCUUUUAUAUUUCAUUCAUCUAUUCAUCCCUCUCCCCAGUUAUACAUCCACCGUUCCUUCGUUCCUUUAUUCAUUCAUUCCACUCUUGAAUUUGAAUCAAUGAUCAGUCUUCAUCAGUCUCUUUAUGGUCAAGUAUUCAAACCUCAUUGCAGUUUUUACUAAUCACCACAUAAGGUUAAGGGUACCAACUUUUUUUUUAAGAGUUGUUUCUUGUAUCCGCGUCUGAUUCUUUGGCAAACUGUGAUUAUCCCUUGAGAGCUUGCCAGGCAUGUGAUCAGAAGGUGAGUGGUAGACAAUCUCAUUAAUAAAACUCCUAAAUGAUGAAAUAUUGUUCGAAGUUUUAUGUUCUUAAGGAGACCGUGGUCUCUAACUCGUUUAACUGUUCACGAGAUCCUCUCACUGACCAGCCCUGAUAACAUCGACGCCGCUUUCUCAGCACGAGUAAAAAUACGAUGCCGAUGACAGCCAUCACAGGAAUAACCGUACACACGGAAGUGACGACAACUGGCGUGGACGCCCUGGCGUGCAAAGGGACGUUGGGACUGGGAGGAACCGAAUUGGGAAAAUUCCCGGAUGACUGGGACGAAGGUGAGUCUGGUGAAGAAGGUCUGGAGGAAGACGAAGAGGUUGAGGGUUUUGAAGAGUGGAGAGUUGACUCUUCUGAAUUCGAUUGAACCUGAAUUUAUACCAAUGCGUAACAAGUCACUAAGGCCACGAAAACUUCCACUGAUGAUUUGCACCGCGAUGUUCCAGUCACAUUCUUGUAUUUUUAGGAAGUUCUGAAGAGCCUUAAUAUUAAGCCUGGCAUUGACUAGUAAAAUCGUUCUGUUCAGUUUGCAUUUAAGGUCAAUGUAAGGAACUCAUUGCUAGUAUGUAAUUUCGAAUUUAAAACUAAAGGGCUAUUUCUUAGAAAAACCGCAAGUUCUCACAAUACUACCGUUUAACUUGAAGUUAAGAAACCUCAAACAUUUUGAUUGGCUAAUUACGUGUAAACUAAUUUUUCACGUGGCAUGGAAAGCCAAUAGCAAGUUGUGGCGUGGUAUAUGAAUCUCCCGCUGCAAAUCACAUACGUAAGUUAAUGUUCUGUUUCAACCCAUAACAUUGCAGUAAUAAGUCAUUGGAUCAGCCUAACAUUCACUGCUCCUGCUAAACACAGACCACUGUCCUUGCAGAAGUACUUUGGCGAACAAUUGUAUAACGCUUCAUUUCAACGAAGCUAGUCUUUGCAGCCCUUUACUCACGCAGACGGUAUGUUUCAACUAAAGCCAUUUAGAGAAAAUAAUGAUCUCGUACGGCUUCAAGGCCAAGGUUCGUGGUCACAAUGGAGGAGAGCAAUGGUGCCUACGAGUAGUGGAUAUACUGAGAAUCGCGGACCAGGCCAAGUAGGCUACAUGUGGUCAAACAUCAGAAAUGAGUUAAACGGAGUGGCAGGAUUCUGUGGAAUCUAUGAGUUUCAGGUUAGAGGAGGAACCCAGAGUGCAGUAGUUUACGUUGGAAGCACUUGCCCGCGCCAAGCAGAUGGCGGACAAUGCCGUAGAUUGAAAAACAGGAUCAUCAACUACUGCAGACACGGAAACCAUAAAGCAGAUCUAAUAAACUACGCACUGAGCAGUGGAUAUGAGCUGUGGGUCCGUUAUAAGCAAGCUGGGAGUCCAGAGGAAGCUCAAGCCUGGGAAAAUGCGCUGCUCGCCGCGUAUGAUUACGCUUGGAAUAUUAGAAAUAACGGUAACAUAAGGGUCGUCCCAUAG